AUGAGGCAACGCACAACAACCAGUACUAAUAGUAGCUCGACCACCACCAGCGUUGGUGGUAGGACCAAUCAAAACAACACGAAUUCUUGGUAUCUGGCUUCAGUUCCGCGUCAGGAAGACCCCAGCAGCAGCGAUGAGAGUGAUAUAGAAGAGAACAUUCAGGCGUCCCAACCUGAUGAAGGUGCUUUUGCUAACCUUGGCGGUGAGCAGCCUAUGGUUUGGUGUCAUCUCAUUUUCGACGAGUUUGCUCAACACACACGACAGUUUAUUCGAGAAUGGAGCUCCAACAAGAUUUGGUGGGCUCAAGGUUUAACCAUUGCUGUUGCCGCAUUGUUGACCUACUCGUACAACAAUUCGAAUCUCGGCGAUUCCAAUGACACGAAUGUUCAGAUUGCCGUUAUGACUCUCAUCACCCUGGUGGGUGCUUCUCCAUUUUGCCAGACGCACCUUACCGCAGCUGCUGUUGGCGCCUUUGUCGGCGGUCACAACAUUAUUGGAGCUACCGGCCUGGAGAGCGCCACUCCUACAUCACCACCAGACAUGGUAUCGUACUUGUGGCUCCUCUUGCUGGCGGGUGCAGUGACUGCCGUUUGGUGCUUUGUCAUGAACAAUCCAUGGCAUCGAAUCCUCGAUGGCUAUUCCGGACGGUUGGGAACGACCACUUUCAUAGGCAUGAAUCUCUCGCAACUAUUGGUCUUUGGCCCGGCAGGAGUCGUCGACUGGAACCGCUACUAUUUUGGCUUCAUCCAUCUCCUUCAUGUUGCUGAAGAAGCCGAUUCGACAUCAAAGUCAUUGGCAAGUGCCUGGAAGUGGACCGAAGAAGCCGAAUUGGCCAUUGGCUACAUUGUGGCAGUCGUUUGGUUGGCUGUUGUGGCUGGUGCCACGCGCAUCCUUCAUCAUCAGCACGUCCAACGAUGGCACAACAAUAACAACAACCAGCAACAACAGAACAACGGCAGCUUGACACCACCCAAACCCCUCAACAACGUUCUUGUACCGGUCUUAUGGGCUCUUUUUUGCAUGCUGUUGGUCAACAUGACACAGUACAAGCAUGCUCCUGGAUUAUACAAUGGAUUUGCUGUAGGAGCCUACGUCGGCAUGGCAUCGCUCCAAAAGAUACCAUCCGUUACUGUGUUUGCCAUGGUGGGACUCGUUGCAGCCGCUUGGGGGUUGACAUUGACUCCUUUUGUCGUCGGGUUUGCCGGCAAGGCAGGUUUCACAGCCAUGCUGGGACACGUCACGUACAGUUCCUUUGUUGCGCCCAUGAUCUCCAAGCUGUGGCAGCAACGUCAAGCACAGUUAUCAUCACUACCAGAACAGCAGCAACAGAACCAGCACUUCCCUGCUCCAUUGCAUACUCCUUCACCUCCGCUGCAACAGCAGCACAAUGCAAAGUCACAAGAGCCAGAACAGCCUACUACUGUGCCAAACAAAAAGCGACCCGAAUCUCACCACCAGCAGGAACCGCAGUCGCCUCCGUCCCUCCGCAAACAGGUCAAGCCCAAGAAGACGCAAGUCUACUAUACCAAGCAGCAAAGACGACAACAACAACGGCUUCAACACCUCCAACAGCAGCAGCAACAUCAACCAGAGCAGCAGCAACUACAGCAGACGCAACAGCAGCAACAUCGACCUCUUCUUCAUCACCGAGCUUGGUCCGCUUUGCCUGCACAGGGUGAUGGCACAUGGCAACAUCCUCAAAUUGACCAGUAG